AUGAACGAGCAAGAAGAAGACCUUGAACUUGCUCCUAUUGACCCCGAAAUUGAACGCACUUUUAGACAAAGGAGGAAGGAACAAAAGGCUAAAAAACGCUGCAAUAUGGCCGAUGGGUUUGAAAUUGGAGGUGCUCAUAAUGAAGCCAAUCCUAUUGCUUUGGCCGAUGAUAGAGCCCGAGCAAUAAGAGAGUAUGCAGCCCCUAUGUUCAAUGAGCUAAAUCCGGGUAUUGUGAGACCCGAAAUCCAAGCACCUCACUUUGAGCUCAAGCCCGUCAUGUUUCAAAUGCUCCAAACGCUACAAGGAGUAAGUGAAGAGGCUUUAAGAUUAAAGUUGUUCCCAUUUUCCUUGAGGGAUCGGGCUAGAGCAUGGCUUAACACUCUUCCUCCCGAUUCGGUGACUAAUUGGAAUGACUUGGCUGAAAAAUUCUUGAGAAAGUACUUUCCUCCAACAAGAAAUGCAAAGUUUCGAAGCGAGAUCAUGUCUUUUCAACAAUUGGAAGACGAGACUACUAGUGAUGCAUGGGAAAGAUUCAAGGAGUUGUUAAGGAAGUGCCCACACCAUGGUAUUCCUCAUUGUAUUCAACUUGAGACAUUUUACAAUGGUCUCAAUGCGGCCUCUAGGAUGGUGUUGGAUGCUUCCGCUAAUGGAGCCAUUCUUUCCAAGUCUUACAAUGAAGCUUUUGAGAUUUUAGAAAGGAUAGCUAGCAACAACUAUCAAUGGUCAACUAAUAGAGCUCCUACAAGCCGAAAAGUAGCGGGUGUUCUUGAAGUAGAUGCUUUGACCGCUCUAACCGCUCAAAUGGCCUCAAUGACCAACAUUUUGAAGAAUAUGAAUAUGGGAGGAAGUGUACAACCAGGCCAUUCAAAGGCUUCGGUUUGCUAUGUGGGUAAUCAAAACUUCAACCGCAACAACAAUCCAUACUCAAACUCCUACAAUCCGGCAUGGAAGCAUCAUCCAAACUUUUCAUGGGGAGGUCAAGGGGCAAGUUCAAGUGGAGCACAACAAGCACAAGGAAAGCAAUCAUUUCCACCGGGUUUUUCUCAACAACCAAGACCUCAACAACCUCACCAACCUCAAGGCUCUCAACCUAGUUCUUUGGAGAGCUUAAUGAGAGAUUAUAUGUCCAAGAAUGACGCUGUAAUUCAAAGCCAAGCAGCAUCUCUUCAGAAUCUUGAAGUUCAAUUGGGGCAAUUGGCCAAUGAUUUGAAGAAUAGACCACAAGGCACUUUGCCUAGUGACACCGAAAACUCAAGAAGAGAUUGCAAAGAACAUUGCAAAGCGGUAACCUUAAGAAGUGGAAAAAUAAUUGAGUCAAAUGUGGCUGCAGCAGGCAGUAAAGAGCCCUCUUCAAUCCAAAAAGAGGGGGAAAUGAAGAAAAAACCAACAACUUCAGCUGCUGAAAUUCCCCCAGUAGUUACAGCAUCCAGUCAGCAUUCUACUGCAGAAAAGUCUUUGCAAAAGUCACCGCCACCAUUUCCUCAACGGUUCAAGAAGCAACAAGACGAUGGUCAAUUCCGGAGAUUUCUUGAUGUUCUAAAGCAGCUCCACAUCAAUAUACCUUUAGUGGAAGCUUUAGAGCAAAUGCCAACUUAUGUGAAGUUUUUGAAGGAUAUUUUGACAAAGAAAAGGAGGCUUGGCGAGUUUGAAACGGUCGCUUUGACGGAGGGAUGUAGUGCUAUGUUGAAAAGUAAAAUUCCACCCAAAUUGAAAGAUCCAGGCAGCUUUACAAUUCCUAUUUCUAUAGGGGGUCGAGAUGUUGGAAGAGCUCUUUGUGACUUGGGAGCUACAAGGCCAACCACCGUCACUUUUCAAUUAGCGGAUCGUUCCAUGGCUCAUCCGGAAGGGAAAAUUGAAGAUGUGUUGGUACAAGUGGAUAAGUUCAUUUUUCCGGCCGAUUUCAUUAUUCUUGACUAUGAGGAAGAUAGGGAAGUUCCAAUCAUUUUAGGGAGGCCCUUUCUUGCCACGGGAAGAACUUUGAUAGAUGUUGAAAAGGGAGAGCUUACCAUGAGAGCUCAAGAUGAGCAAGCCACAUUCAAGGUCUUUCAUCCUAUGCGUGCUCCGGAUGCAAUAGGAGAAUGCUUAGCAAUUGGAGAUAUGAAUCCUAACAGGGUUGAGGAGUCCAAAUUCAAAAAUAGUAAGAAGGUGAGAAAGAAGAUUCCCCUUAAAAAAAUUGCUAAGGAUCACGAGCCGCAAGAAAGCAAAGACAAAACAUCAUUUGACCCUAAAAACCACCCAAAAAGAAGAGAAAGAAAAAGAAGUUUAGUAGAAAAUUUUGGUCUCAAAUGUUUGAAGUUGGGCAACAAGUGA